AUGGAGGAAAUUGGACAUGUAAAGCACAACAACUUGGUGAAAUUGCUUGGGUACUGUGCUGAGGGUGUUUACAGGAUGUCAGUAUCUGAAUAUGUAGACAAUGGAAAUCUGCAUUAUUGGCUUCAUGAAUUUCCUGGACAAGUUAGCCCUUUAACGUGGACUAUAAGAUCAAACAUUAUUCAUAAUGUGGCAAAAGGAUUGGCAUACCUUCAUGAGGAAAAUAAACCAAAGAUUCUCCCUGGCAGCAUAAAAUCCAGCACUAUAUUGCUUGAUGAGAAUUGGAAUCCCAAUAUUUCUGAUUAUGGUCUUGCUAAACUUCUCAGUCCUGAAUCGAGUCACAUUUUAUUUUGCACAUGCUCCAGUCAUGUAUCCACCAAUACUUCCAUUGAGGGUAGUGACAUUUAUGGUUUUGGAGUACUCAUGAUGGAGAUUAUAUCAGGAAAGAUUCAUGUACUGCACAGUCAGCUCCAGGGUUCUCUAUAG